CCAACGCUCACUCUUCAGAGAGAUCUCGAGCGAGCAACAAGUGAACGGAAGAAACCGAACAGUGAAGAAUCAGAAAGACCGAAGAAACACCCAAGAACUCUUCAAUAACAUCGUGAACAGAAAAGAAAUACAAAAUACACGGAAAGCAGAGUGAUUCGCCAUAGUUUCGCUAGUGUUUUCAAGGGCGCCGGUUAUACAGCAGUGCUGAAAUUUUGUGCCAGUUGCCGUAUCUCAAAGGCGGGUCCAAAGUAUCGCCCAGCACGUCGCAGAGCCGAUUCCUUCGUCAAUAAGCGGCGCAUUUGAACGCCUGCCAAUAAAAAUGGCUGCCAUAUAACCACACAAGGCGGACGCAACCACGCAAAGUCGGAGCUUUGCGAUUAGACAAGCAGAUUCCGGGGAGUUCAAGGCGAGAUCCCCAGCAGUAAGGAACCCCCAUUUUCGGGCAGACCGAACCGAACCGAAGCAGACCAAAGAUGAAUAGCCUGGCGCGGGUCUUCAGCAACUUCCGCGACUUCUACAACGACAUCAAUGCGGCCACCCUCACGGGAGCCAUCGAUGUGAUCGUGGUGGAGCAGCGGGAUGGCGAGUUCCAGUGCUCACCCUUCCACGUUCGCUUCGGCAAACUGGGAGUGCUGAGGAGUCGGGAAAAGGUGGUGGACAUUGAGAUCAAUGGCACCCCUGUCGACAUACAGAUGAAGCUGGGCGACUCCGGCGAGGCCUUCUUCGUGGAGGAGUGCCUGGAGGAUGAGGACGAGGAGCUGCCGGCCAACCUGGCCACCUCGCCCAUCCCCAACAGCUUCCUGCAGUCGCGGGACAAGGCCAACGACACCAUGGAGGACAUCAGCGGAGUGGUGGCCGACAAAAAUGCUAGCGAGGAUCUGCUCCUGCCCCUGCCGAUGCCGCGACGCAACUCCAUUGACUUCUCCAAGGAGGAGCCCAAGGAAGCCGCCGUCGAGGGCGGCAAGUUCGAGAACCAGGUCUCGGAUUACACGCAGCGCAGACACACGGACAACACUCUGGAACGUCGCAAUCUGAGCGAGAAACUGAAGGAGUUCACCACCCAGAAGAUUCGCCAGGAGUGGGCCGAGCACGAGGAGCUGUUCCAGGGCGAGAAGAAGCUGGCAGAGUCGGAGCUGGAGAGCCAAAGCAAAGCUUCCAACGAGACAGCUGAGACAGAGAAGGAAGUGCAGAACAAGGAGGCGGACAAGGAGAAGGACCAGCCCAAACCAGAUAUUACCCUGACUCCGGUGACCACCAGCGAGGCCACCAAGGAGGUGUCCAAGAGCAAGACCAAGAAGCGGCGCAAGAAGUCGCAGAUGAAGAAGAACGCCCAGCGCAAGACCUCCUCUAGCAGCUCCGUGGGCAGUGCUGCCGGCGGUGAUUUGCCCUCGGCGGAGACGGCAUCUCUGGGAGUCACCAACAUCGAUGAGGGCGAUGCCCCCAUAUCCAGUGCCACCAACAACAACAACACCUCCUCGUCAAAUGAUGAGCAACCAUCGGCUCCUCUAGUCACCGCCCGCACCGGUGACGACAGCCCGCUAAGCGAGCUGCCCCACACCCCCACAACUAAUCCACGUCUGGACUUGGACAUUCACUUCUUCAGCGACACGGAGAUCACCACUCCAGUGGGAAGUGGCGUGGGCGGAUCGGGUCGCGUCGCCGGCGGACGACCUUCAACGCCCAUCCAGAGCGACAGUGAGCUAGAGACCACGAUGCGGGACAAGCGGCAUGUGGUGGACGACGAGAACGCCGCCUCGUGGAAAUGGGGCGAGCUGCCCACUCCCGAGCAGGCCAAGAACGAGGCCAUGAGCGCCGCCCAGGUGCAGCAGAGCGAGCACCAGUCGAUGCUCAGCAACAUGUUCAGCUUCAUGAAGCGGGCCAAUCGACUGCGCAAGGAGAAGGGCGUGGGCGAAGUGGGGGACAUCUAUCUGUCCGAUCUGGACGCAGGCAGCAUGGAUCCCGAGAUGGCGGCCCUCUACUUCCCCACACCCAGGUCCAAAGAGGCCUCGCCGCCGGAGGACGAUGGCGAGAGUGGCAACGGCACCAGCCUGCCCCAUUCGCCCAGCUCCCUGGAGGAGGGUCAGAAGAGCAUUGACUCGGACUUUGACGAGACCAAGCAGCUGCAGGACAAAAAGUACUUGGACUUUGUGGCCAUGUCCAUGUGCGGAAUGUCGGAGCAGGGAUCAGCACCCUCGGACGAGGAGUUCGAUCGCCACCUGGUCAACUAUCCAGACGAAGCCAUCGAGCAACUGAUGUCCCAGACGGUGGAGGGCAAGUGCUUGGUUGGAGACGAGAAGCAGGAAGCAGCUGCCCAGGCCGACAAUGUGGGCCAGACUAAGCGCUACUGGUGGAGUUGGCGGCGCUCGCAGGACGCUGCGCCCAACCAUGGGAGCAACGCUCAUGGAAUGCCAUUGGGCAAGGAUGAGAAGGAUGGCGAUCAGGCGGCGGUGGCCACGCAAACCUCACGGCCCACCUCGCCGGACAUCAGCGAUCACACGCUUAGCAAGAGCGACUCGCUAGUGAACGCGGAGAACACCUCAGCACUAGUGGACAACUUGGAGGAGCUGACCAUGGCCUCCAACCGGAGCGAUGAGCCCAAGGAGCGCUACAAGAAGUCCCUGCGACUCAGCUCGGCGGCCAUUAAAAAACUAAACCUCAAGGAGGGCAUGAACGAGAUCGAGUUCAGCGUGACAACCGCCUAUCAGGGAACGACGCGUUGCAAGUGCUACUUGUUCCGCUGGAAGCACAACGAUAAGGUUGUGAUCUCUGACAUUGACGGCACCAUCACCAGGUCGGAUGUGCUGGGCCACAUCCUGCCCAUGGUGGGCAAGGACUGGGCGCAGCUCGGGGUGGCGCAGCUCUUCUCGAAGAUCGAGCAGAACGGCUACAAGCUGCUCUACCUGUCGGCGCGAGCCAUCGGCCAGAGCAGGGUGACACGCGAGUAUCUCCGGUCGAUCCGGCAGGGCAACGUGAUGCUUCCGGACGGCCCGCUGCUGCUGAAUCCCACUUCCCUGAUAUCGGCCUUCCACCGCGAGGUGAUCGAAAAGAAGCCGGAGCAGUUCAAGAUCGCCUGCCUGUCCGACAUCCGCGAUCUCUUCCCCGACAAGGAGCCCUUCUACGCCGGCUACGGCAAUCGCAUCAAUGACGUGUGGGCCUACCGAGCCGUCGGCAUUCCCAUCAUGCGCAUCUUCACCAUCAAUACCAAGGGCGAGCUGAAGCACGAGCUGACCCAAACAUUCCAGUCCUCAUACUGCAGCAUGACGUACAUUGUCGACCAACUGUUCCCGCCGGUGAAACACGACGAAGCCUCCGCCGAGUUCUCCAACUUCAACUACUGGCGCGACCCCAUCCCCGACCUGGAGAUCCCCGAACUGGAGACGGCACUGGUGCCACCCAGCAGCAAGGUGGAGACGACCACCCUGCGACCCAUUCCCGAGCAGUGAACUGGUUCCUUAGCACCCUAACUAUACUAUAACCAUAUUUAUACGGAUACGCAACAAACUCUAUAUAGCAGAUAGCGCUUUUCAGAUUUGUUUGCUUAGCUUCAAACCCUCUAGAUGUGCUUACCAAAAAUGAAAUAUCUAUAACUUUGCAUAAGCUUAGCCAGGAUUCGCUAUUGCCUUGGUUUCAUUAUCAUUUACAUUUCGAUCGUUUCUAGUUGAAUGGUUGGACUUAAGUUGUAAUCAAAAUUGAGUUUUAUUAUUACUAUAGUUAGUUCCUUUGAGACUCCUGCAGGUUCUUAGAAGAUGCAUAUUCCAAACGGCGUAUGGGAGUUGUGAUUUUCGAUUUCAUUAUUUUUCGUAUGUGAUCAUUUAAAUUUAGUUCAUUGUGAUGAGGUUUUUAUUUGGAGUUUUUAUGAAAACUGUGCUUUAGACCUAUGUAUACUUAACUAUAGUGUUUCAACACAAAUAAAUGCUUCGAAUUCAAAGAAAGCCGAGAUAAA